GGUUUAAACUCAUUGUUCCGAGGAGUUGUUCCUAGUAGAUUAAGGUACUCCAAAAAAACGAAUAGGGAAAAAGAAUUCGAACGCGGGGUCAUUAACUCAAGAAAACAACUGAGAAAACGCCGUCCGCUCACAGCUCAAGUAAGAUCUCUACGAGAACCAGAGGUGGUCGCGUUGGCUCUCUCAGAGUCUCUCGAUCUUCAUGGCAUAUCAACGGAUCCGUCUAUAUCAAAUAUGUUCGACAUUACUUACAUUGACGAAGAUUCGGAAGAUACCAUCCAUCUAGUCAAGAAGCUCGAGUAUACCAUCAAUCCUACUCAAAUCAAUGAAAUUUUCGUAUUUCAAGAUGGCGUCGUCGUUUUCUGGAACGUUAGUCACCGAGCUCAUGCAAUACGUGAUUUUGAACGUUACAUGGAAGGUCCUUAUGAGUCGUCAGUAACGAUCGAAGAACAGGAUACAAUGCCACUUAUUUUUAGGCGCGACACCACCAUCAAACAUGAUCGUUUCAUUUUGAGUGGAGAGAAACAUGGCAGUGAACAUCGAAAUUUUGAUAGCGUAUUGGAGCGAUUUUCAUUGAGUCAAGCCUUCGCUGCUUCAGUAAAGGUAGGAGUAUGGGAAACACUGCUGAAUGAUCUUGCUGAACCUUUAUCGGGUACCACGAAGGCUCUCAAGCAAGGAAUCAUACCGUGGAGUCGGAAAAAGGCUCUCAUGAAAUCCGGAGAGUUCGCUGCCCUCCGGCAUUCCAUCAACCUUGAUUGCACUUUACUAAACCGUGACUUUUACUGGGAUCGCUCACAAAUCGAGCAAUACUACCUCAUGUCCGCUCGACAUUUCACACUCGGACGGCGAAUAAGUGGCUUGAACAGACGCUUGGAUUAUUGCGAAGAGUUAGUGAAGAUGGUAGACAAUAUGCUCGCUCUGCGGCAUGCCUCGACACUCGAGUGGAUGAUAAUCGUUCUUAUCGUAAUCGAAGUGAUCUUUGAUCUUCUACAUUACGCUGAUUCUUCUCCCACGAAAGUUAUAGUGGUAAAGGAGUCAUUAGAUACUACAAGUCCUUCCAGUGCUCAAUAA